AUGCUCCUCAGCAGCGGCGCGGGCAGCCCCUGCUCCUCGCCCCGCCACCUGCGCCUCCGCGACUGCGCACCUGAGCUCUCGCUGCACCUCCUCGCGCACCCGCUCGCCGCCCGCUUCGAGGACGCUGCGCUCGACGUGCGCCUCGCCGACCUUGCGCGUCUCCCCGCGCCGACCUUGCGCAUCACCUGCCCCGUGCAGUUUUUCUACGCGAACGUCGCCGCCACGCUCGUGCUCACCCCGCACCCGACGGGCGCGCAGCGCCUGACGCUCGGCGCGCUCCGGGGGCGCGGGGGACACUACUACUUCGGCGGUCGCUCUGCUGCCUCCCUCGGCUGUCGCUCGGUUGACUCCGUCGACGCUGCCGCCCUCAUCAUCCUCUUGUGGCGCGCCCUAGGACGCUCAGACAGGAACCACGACGAGCAUGUGCCCGCCGACGAUCCCGUUCUCCUCGCCAAGUUCCUCGUUUCACUGUUAAACGGGCUCAAGUGCGGACUCGACAAGGAGAAGGUCGAGGACUACUGCGACACGCCACCCGCUAUGCCUAUGGUGCGUCUGCGCUAG